AUGCAUCAACAAAAUAAAGAGCGAUUUCCUGUGGAAAAGGAUUGUUCCAAGUUUGGAUUCCCUACCUCAUUCACGAGAAAUCCAGCGUCAGGUUUCGAAAAGAUGGAGAACAGAAUGAAGAAGCAAGAGGAAGAUCUCGAUAGACUACAGAUGACGAUAUCACACCUAAAUCAGAAACAGCAACAACAGCAAUUACGGCAGGCUAGUGAGAACGAGACAGUCACCUUGCCAGGCCUUGGUAGCAUGGAGAGUAAGCUUCAGGAACAACUUGAUCAACAAAAGGAGAAGAUAACAGGAUUAAUACAGGCGGGCAGUAACGGAGUGGUCUAUGUCCGAUGGGGAAGGAAGGACUGUCCGAGAAACACAACUGAAUUGGUUUAUUCAGGUUACGCCGGCGGGUCUCACUACUCGAACAAAGGAGCGGCCGCCGAGUAUGUCUGUCUUCCUCCAGACCCUUCAUGGGGCCCCAAACAAAAUAUCAGAGCUCAACAACCUGGGUUUAUGUAUGGCGCAGAGUUUGAAGACAAUAUCCUGUUCAAUGUAAAAGACAGAAACAGGGACGUUCCUUGUGCUGUUUGCCGAAGCUCUAACCAAUCAACGUCGAUCAUGAUACCUGCACGUGUCACGUGCUACCCCGGAUGGACGGAAGCGUACCACGGAUACCUAGCUUCCGGUUAUUAUAACCAGCCAGCGGCGUCCCAGUACGUCUGUGUGGACCAACAACCUCAAACGUUACUCGGUGGGGGAAGUAGUAACGACGAUGGGAAACUGUUCUUUCAGGUGCGAGCAAAGUGUGGCUCGUUAAAAUGUCCUCCUUAUGAGGAAGACAAGGUACUCUCCUGUGUUGUGUGUUUGAAAUAACUAUGUCAGAUGAAAAGAAACUGCAUGCGAAAUCGUCAUGACUUGGUAUUCUUAUGCACACGAAAUAAGAGGUAACAAUUGGAUCCUUUUAAUAAUCUUAAUAUCGUUUGGAAAUCAUAUACUUCGUAGGAAUUCUAAUUCCUGGCUUAACUAAGAUUCAUUCAUUGGUUGAAAUUUUGUCAAAUGGCGAAGAAAUAAACCGGAUAUUUAAGUUUUAAGAGAGGCUAAUGCAAUUAAUAUUGGAAUAGCAGCAUGUUUGCGGACGUCUGAUUAUACAUGGCUGUUAAGCUGAUAUUGCAAAUACACAAAAAGUAUUAAGACAGAUACAGAUUUAAUAUGAUUUUAUCCCAGAUAUAUUGAUAAAGAGGAAUCAAAUCAUUGCAUGGCAGCCCGUUCGUAAUGCUCUCAGGUUCGUCACCAAAACACAGGUAUCUGGAAAUCAGAAAAAAACAUACAUUUGAAGCAAUCACAUAACCCAACCAAAUUAAAAUUGAAUUCGUUUUCAAUGCCAUGAUGGCAUGUAAAUUAUUGACAGCUUUUGAUUCCAGUGUCUUGCCGCAUUUUAUGCUUUCUGCACUGGUAGCCACCAUUUUGAGUUC